AUGCACAAGUCGAUCAUAAAGGGUAAAAAAGCGAUCGAGGAAGAUCUUAAAUCAAACGUGCCACCAAACCCACCAUUGUUGGUCACCUACAAUGAAAGCGUGCAUGAUGGAAAAUGGAUUAGUAAAGAGACAACUAGAUUAGUUGUUUUGUAUGGUAUUGGUUUACAGUUGACAUUAGUAGUCAUGGAUUUAAAUUAG